UACGACAAUGUCAUUUCUAGAAAUGCGAUGUUGCGUUGAUUUGUGAAACUGGUUGUUGUGAAUUAAAUUUUCCUGGAUAGAAAACAUUUGUUAAAACAAUUUUCUGCCAAUAACAAUGGCAAGGGAUAGGAGUCCAGAGCGGAGACGUUCGCGAUCAAGAGAGCGGCGCGACAAAGACCGCUACGAAGAUCGCGAACGCGAGUCCCAUCGAGACAAAACUAAACGUCGCGAGCGGUCUCGCAGUCCUAGGAAAGAACGCGAGAGGUCACGCAGCCCUUCCAGAAAAGAAAGGGACCGCUCUCGAAGUCUUACACGUAAAGAUAAAGACAGGUCUAGAAGUCCUGCUAGGAAGGAACGUGAACGCGGUCGCUCUCGCAGUCCUAAGAAACGUGAUGGUAAAGACAAGGAAUCUGAUAGCAGGAGGAAAAACGAUGACAAGGAUAAGUCUAAAAGCAAGAAAGAUGAGGAAAGUAAACACGACGAAGAAGAGACACCUCAGGAAACAAAGGAGGAAGACGUGAAGCCUGUGAAGAAAGAACCAUUGUCAUUAGAAGAACUACUGGCUAAAAAGAAAGCCGAAGAGGAGGCUCGCAGUAAACCUGUGUUCUUAACUAAAGAACAAAGGGCUGCAUUAGCUUUGGAAAGAAGACAAAAGCAAGUAGAUGCUAUAAGGGCUAAUGUUGACAGACCAUCUAUCACUACUAUUGAUCUUACAGGACCUUCAAAAAGAGAAGAAGAAAUGAAGAAGUACAGAGAUGAAAGAGAAUUGAUGAGAGGAGAAAGGGAAGAAAAUGAAGAAAGGAAGUCGAAGGAAAAUGAAGAAGUUUCCAAAACAAAAGACAAAGAGCGUGAAGAAGAAGCAAUCAAGGCUCGUUACCUUGGCAUAGUCAAGAAAAAACGCAGAGUGCGAAGAUUGAAUGACCGUAAAUUUGUAUUUGAUUGGGAUGCAUCAGAAGACACAUCAAAUGAUUACAAUGCUUUGUACAAAGAAAGGCAUCAAGUUCAAUUCUUUGGCAGAGGUCACAUAGCUGGAAUUGAUAUUAAGUCACAGAAGAAAGACUACAGCAAAUUCUAUGGCAAUCUGUUAGAGAAACGUAGGACAGAAUUGGAGAAGGAACAAGAAAAGUUGCGCCUUAAGAAAGUCAAGAAGAAGGAAGACAAACAAAAGUGGGAUGACCGUCACUGGGCUGAGAAGGAUCAAGAUGAAAUGACUGAGAGGGACUGGCGUAUCUUCAGAGAAGACUAUAACAUCACCAUCAAAGGUGGUAAGAUUCCAAAUCCUAUCAGAAACUGGAAGGAAGCUGGCUUCCACCCAGACAUCAUGGAAAUCAUAAGCAAGGUUGGCUACAAGAGCCCCACACCUAUUCAAAGACAGGCUAUUCCUAUUGGUUUACAAAACAGAGACAUUAUUGGUGUUGCUGAAACUGGUUCUGGUAAAACAUUGGCUUUCCUCAUUCCUCUUCUCACUUGGAUUCAAUCUCUCCCGAAAAACGAACGCUUGGAGGAUGCUGAUCAGGGUCCAUACGCUAUAAUUUUGGCGCCAACUCGUGAGUUGGCUCAACAGAUCGAAGAAGAGACAAAUAAGUUUGGAAUUCCUUUGGGAAUCACAUCUGUUGUAGUCGUGGGAGGUCUCUCAAGAGAGGAACAGGGUUUCAAGUUGAGAUUGGGAUGUGAAAUCGUCAUUGCGACCCCUGGUCGUCUUAUCGACGUGCUGGAAAACAGAUAUUUGGUACUAAAUCGUUGUACGUACGUUGUCCUUGAUGAAGCCGAUCGUAUGAUUGACAUGGGUUUCGAGCCCGACGUACAGAAGAUUCUAGAAUACAUGCCAGUUUCCAACAUCAAACCAGAUUCAGAUGCUGCCGAAGACGCGUCAGUUUUGCUUGCCAACUACAACUCGAAAAAGAAGUUCAGACAAACUGUGAUGUUUACAGCUACUAUGCCUCCCGCCGUGGAGCGUUUAGCAAGGAGCUAUUUACGUAGACCUGCCAUAGUAUACAUCGGCUCUGUCGGCAAGCCUGUAGACAGGACAGAACAAAUAGUCUACAUGAUCGGCGAGAACGAGAAGCGUAGAAAGCUCACAGAAAUAUUACAAAGAGGAGUCGAACCUCCGAUUAUCAUUUUCGUCAACCAGAAGAAAGGUGCAGACGUUUUGGCUAAAGGUUUGGAGAAGCUUGGUUUCAACGCGUGUACAUUGCACGGUGGUAAAGGGCAGGAACAGCGAGACUUCGCGCUGGCUAGUCUCAAGAAUGGUUCGAAAGAUAUACUGGUGGCCACAGACGUCGCUGGUCGUGGUAUAGAUAUUAAGGACGUCAGUAUGGUCAUCAACUACGACAUGGCAAAGACUAUCGAGGAUUACACCCAUCGUAUUGGUCGUACCGGUCGUGCAGGCAAGACUGGUAAAGCUAUGUCGUUCGUCACUAAGGAAGAUUCGGCGCUGUUUUACGAUCUCAAGCAAGUGUUACUUGCGAGUUCGGUGUCCACGUGCCCACCAGAGCUGAUGAACCACCCAGAGGCCCAACAUAAACCGGGCACUGUAGUCACCAAGAAAAGGCGGGAAGAAAUGAUAUUUGCAUAAGUGUAAUUGAAUGUAACAAUUUCUCUAUGUAAGGUGUUAUUAAUUAAUAAAAAUCGUAGUAAAAAUAUAA